GAAUAACCAGAAGUAGAUAUCUAUAAGAAAAGAAAAUUUAAGGUUUAAACUUUAAAUAUAUAGAGCCCGCGUGUAGCGGCGCAUGUAAGCCAUAGUAUAUUCAAGUUUAAUACUAUUGUGUGAUCCCAUUCAAUCUCCUUCUGUUUUUUCUUCGGCAAUUUCGAUCGAUUUUCACCUUCUUCGUUGUCCUCACCAAUGACACUACUCGUCGUCGAGGUUGCCCGAGUCACCCCCGCCGCCGACUCGGACUCAGUUCUAAACUCAACCAACUCGCUCACAAUCCCGUUGACUUUCUUCGAUUUACCAUGGCUACUAUUCCACCCAGUCAAACGAGUCUUCUUCUACAGACUCACCGAGUCGACUCGUGAGCAUUUCCACUCCAUCAUCCUCCCCAAGCUCAAGCUCUCCCUUUCCCUCGUCCUCCGCAACUACCUCCCUCUCUCCGGCCGCAUCACCUGGGACCAAACCGAACCCAAACCGAGCAUCGUCGUCUCUCAAAACGACGCCGUUUCAUUAACCAUCGCCGAGACCGACGCUGAUUUUACUCUUCUCUCCGGCUACGGACAGCGUCCAGUCUCCGAGUUAAACACUCUGCUACCGGAGUUACCGGUUUCCGAUGACUCAGCUUCCGCCUUCUCUCUGCAAAUCACGUUGUUCCCGAACCAAGGAUUAUCCAUCGGCGUCGUAGCACACCACGCCGUUUUGGACGGGAAAACGUCAAGCAUGUUUAUCAAAGCUUGGGCUCACUUGUAUAAACAAAACAGAGUCUUCUCUCUUCCGGAGAAUCUAACUCCGUCUCUUGAUCGAUCAUCGAUCAGAGGUCUCACCGGACUCGAUGAACAGAUGAUCCAGAUCGUGAGAUCUCUGAAAGGGAACGAAACAACCAACACGAGAAGCCUGAGCCCAAUCCCCGCCGGAGAAGUCGAUCACGACGACGCCGUUUUAGCCACGCUCGACUUGUCGACUUUCGUCAUCGCCUACGCUUACGUGUGGACAUGCGCCGUGAAGGCUCGAGGAGGAAACGGAGAGAGACCCGUGGGUUUUAUUUUCGUCGGAGAUUUCAGAGAGCGGUUGGAUCCGCCGCUUCCGGCGACGUACUUCGGAAAUUGCAUGUUUCCGGCGGGUUGUUAUAACCGUAAGGCGGCGGAUUUCGCGGAGGAGAGAGGAUUUGUUACGGCUGUUGAGAUCCUCAGCGAUUUGGUCAAAGGCUUGUUUUCACGAAAGAUGGAGACGAUCGCGGAAGGUUUCGCUGUUGGAUUCGAUUCUCAGGGAAAGAGCUCACAGUUCGGGUCGGUUGCCGGGUCGACCCGGUUGGGUGUAUACGAGUCGGAUUUCGGGUGGGGAAAGCCCGUUAAGGUUGAUGUCAUGUCCAUUAAAGGAGAGGCAAUCUCAAUGGCAGAGAGACGUGAAGAAUCAGGUGGCGUCGAGAUCGGAAUGUGCCUGAAGAAGAAUGAUAUGGACAUUGUUCUUACUUUGUUUAACAAUGGUUUACAAAACUAAAACGCUACUUAUAUAUAAAACAAAAUUUCAAUAAGGGUAUGGUUGGGCAGAGGAAACCUUGUGGUACAAGAAAUGUGUAUUUGAGGGUAUUGGACUCAUCUUGGAAUGGUUAUCGAAUGGCUGCUCUUCUUCGUCUUCUCUAGCAUAAGUUCCAAGAUUGUGUUCGCACAUUUCUGUUUGUUUCUAAUUGUAGAGUCCUUUUUUUCUGACCAUAGUUGAGGAAAUUUAGGAUUUUGUGAGCUAUUGUGAAGUUAACCUUUGCAACUAAGCAAGAUUAGCGUCAUAUGUUUGGAGUAACAUAUAAGUAAGAUGAGAGAUUGAU